AUGGCUCGCGGCGGUAAACCCAGCAGCACGCGCCCGUCGUCCGCGGGCGCGAAGAAGAAGCGCCAGGGCGGGCACGAGGAGUGGAUGGACGACGAGGUGGACGCGCAUCAUCGCGGCCGCGACAAGAUUUCGCUCGAUCCCGACGACGACGAUGAGGACAGCGAGGACGACUUCGACGACGCCGCGGACGCGGUCAUGGACCUCGACGACGACAGCGACGACGAGGAAGACAGCGACGACAGCGACGACGACGACGACGACGAGGAUGAGGAGGAGAAGGACGACGAAGACGCCGCCGCCGACGACGGCGACGCGUACGAUUCGCAGGAGGACGAGGAGGACGCGGCGCUCAUCCGCGCGAUGAAGGCGCAGCAGAAAAAGCUCAACGCCUCCGGGGUCACGCGCGCGAAGAAGGACGACGACGAGUCCGAGUCCGAGUCCGAGUCCGAGAGCGACGGCCCGGGCAUCAGGGGGAAGAAGAAGUCCGACUUCUACGGCGACGACCGCGAGGUGGACCACGAGGGGCUCGAGGACGAGGAGGACCGCGAAGAGGAAGAGAAGGAAGCGCGGCGGAUGCAGCGAUCGCUCGCCGAGGGGAUGGACGCAGCGGACUACGGUUUAUCCGAGUCCGAGUCCGAGUCCGAGUCCGCGUCCGAGGAGAAGACGCUGGGCGCGAAAGCGAAGAAGCUCGCGUCGUCCGGGAAGAAGACCAAGACGGGCGAGGCCGCCGCGAAGGAUGACAAGAAGAGGGCGAAGAGGGCGAAGAAAAAGCCGAAGAGCGACGGGAAAGACGCCGACGCCGCCGCCGCCGUGAUCGAAGCCCUGGGCGAGGACGACGCCCACGGCGCUGGCGCGGCCGCGACAGACGCGGUGACGGCGGACGCGCCGGAGAUCAUGGCCCUGCAGAGAGAGCUCGCGAAGAACUUGGAAGAGGUCAAGAACGUCGUCGAGCCGGCGCUCCAGGUGGCGAAAAAAGGCGGCUACGCCACGGAGCUCGGGAUAUCGUACUUGGAAACGAAGCACAUGCUCAUGCUGUCGUACUGCGUCAACAUCGUGAUGUACCUCUUGUUGAAGUCGGAAGGGGUCGCCGUGAAGGACCACCCCGUCGUCGUGAGGCUCGUGGAGAUUCGAACGUACUUGGAAAAGCUGCGACCGAUCGAUCGGAAGCUCAAGUACCAGAUCGAGAAGCUUCUGAAGCUCGCGAGCGAACAGAACGAGAGGGAAGAGCUCGGCGACGGCGACGGCGGCGGCGGCGGCGACGCCGGCGAGGACCCGCUCGCGUUCAGGCCCAACCCGGACGCGCUCGUGAGCAAAGUUGAGGAGGACGCCGCGGACGGCGACGGCGACGGCGGCGUGUACCGCCCGCCGAAGAUGCUCCCGACGUCCAUGGAGGACUUCGAAGAGGGCGGGAAGAGCAACAAGGAGAAGAGGAAGGAGAAGGAAGCGCGGCGACGCGCGAGUCGAAGCGCGCUCAUCAAGGAACUCGCGCAAGAGCUCGGGGAAGCCCCCGAAGAGCUCGGCGGCGGCGAGGGCGACAUGUCCAGCGCCUUCGCGAAGCGCGAGUUUGCGCGAAUGGAAGCCCGCGCGAAGAUUGAAGAGGACCUCUUCACGCGCGUGCCGUUGUCCAAGACUGAACGGCGUCGACAAAAAGCGACGACGAGGUCCGUCAACUCGCUGUCCCAGGUUGGCGACUUCGGCGACGACGUCGCGGACCUCGUCGAGGUCGCGGAGCAGGCGGACGGACGCAAACGACAGCGGCUCGUGGACGCCGUGUCCAUGGGCGCGCCGGCGAUUCAAAAGCGGCCGAAGCCAGUCGGCGGCGACGCUCUGGAGCCGACGAGAGACACCCUCGGCGACCGCAGGAGCAAGUACGAGAAGGGCGUCAACCGGAAGAUCGCCGAGCGCGAGGCGGCGAAGAACGAGGGCAUGUACGAGGACGACACCCCGAAGCAGCACGUCGAGGACGACGACGCGUACGUCGACGCCGCGGCGACGAGGGACGCGAAGCGGCGGGCGAAGGAGGACAAGUACCGCCGCCGAGCCGGGAUCAUCGCCGUGCCGGAGCGAGAGAUGGAGGACGACGACGCGAAGAGGGACGUCGGGAAGAAGAUCAUGGCGAACCGUGGGCUCACGCCGCACCGGAACAAGGACCACAAGAACCCGCGGAAGCGUCUGCGCGACAAGUUCGCCAAGGCGGUGGUUCGGAGGAAGGGGCAAGUGCGGAGCAUGCGCGACGACGGCGGCGCGUACGGAGGGGAACAAACGGGGAUCAAAACCUCCGUCACCAAGUCGCGGAAGUUUGGAAAGUGAGGAAGGAGGACGCAGUACGCGCACGCGUACAGUACACGUACGCGCGCGAAUGUUUCUUAGACGCGGCGACGACGACGGCGACGACGACGGCGACGACGUGCGCGAUUUAUACGUUGUCGUGUCACAUCGACGAACCUAUAGACCAACAAGAA